AUGCCUGCUUCAGUCCACUCCAACGAGGCCGUCGACGAGAUCGUCGUCACCAAGGUCGUCGAGGGUUUCUCCGUUCCCGCCCAAGAGCCAGUCUCUGCUCCAGUUGACGCCCCGGCUGCUGUCGUUGACGGCCCAGUCCAGGAGGCCGUCGUCGUCGAGACCGUCCCAGUUGUCGAGACCGCACCCGUCACCGUCGAGGAAGUCAACGAUGUCGCCGCUGAGCCGGUCUCAGCCCCAGUUGCCGCUGAGGUCGUGACUGGUGACGAGAUCUUUGAGAAGCCAGCUGCCCCUGCUCCAGUCGAUGACGCAAAGGAGAAGGAACUCGAGUCUGGAUACGCCAGCGGAUCCGGCUCUGCCACCGCCAAUGAGGAUGCCAUCCCAGAUCUGAUCUUCACCAAGCAACACCUGCAAUUCCUCAACCAGAGACUCCAAUUCCUCGAGCCACAAGACGUCCUGAAAUGGUGUGUUACUUCUCUGCCUGGUCUCUUCCAGUCCACCUCUUUCGGUCUCACUGGUCUUGUCAUCCUCGACAUGCUUUCCAAGCUCGACAUCCCACGCCACCAGCAGGUUGACCUCAUCUUCUUCGACACUCUCCACCACUUCCAGGAGACCAUUGAUCUCCGUAAUGGAAUCCAAAAGGACUACCCCCACCUCACCCUCCACGUCUACGGGCCACAGGGUGUCUCCAGCGCUGCUGAAUUCGCCGCCAAGCACGGCGAGAAGCUCUGGGAGACCAACGACGAGCUCUACGACUGGCUCGCCAAGGUCGAGCCUGCUCAGCGCGCUUACCGCGAGCUAGGUGUCCACGCCAUGCUCACUGGUCGCCGCCGAAGCCAGGGUGCCAAGCGUGGAAACAUGGACAUCAUCGAGGUCGACGAGGCCGGUCUCAUCAAGAUCAACCCACUUGCCAACUGGACCUUCGACCAGGUCAAGGACUACGUCAACCGACGAAACCUCCGAUACAACGCCCUUCUCGACCGUGGCUACAAGUCUGUCGGUGACUACCACUCCACCCAGCCAGUCACCAACGGCGAGGACGAGCGUGCGGGCCGAUGGAAGGGUCAGGCCAAGACCGAGUGCGGUAUUCACAACCCACGAUCCAAGUAUGCCCAGUUCCUCAUGGACCAGGAGCUGAAGAGACAGGAAGAGGCCAUCAACCAGGCCUUGCACGUUGCCGUUUAA